AUGCCCUCUCCUUCCUCCGAUCCUCCCAAUGUGCUCCAGUCAUCACACCCUCUCAUCCUGCACAAGAUCACACAGAUGCGCAAGGCGCGUGCUGGCCCGUUCUCUCCGUCGGCACUCGCUCUCCGCGCCAUCACGCCACCUCCACGCGUUCAGGCCAAGGCGGGCCCAAAGUACCUGAACCAGCUGCUGCGCGAGGUGUCGACCUUCCUGUGCUAUGAGGCGACCGCGGAUCUGGAGAUGGAGCCCUGCGCGGUCACGGACAGCGAUUGGCGAAUCGCGUGGCCAUCGUGCCGGUGA